GCAGGCAGGAUUACGUUUUCACGGCACUGAACGAAAAAUAUUGAGCGAUAAUAUGGAGGCGGAAGAAAAUGAAAAUUUCUAUGUUCAAUUGAACUCAUCUCCUAUCCGUUUUGAGCCAAUAAAUACGCUUAUAAAUGUUUUCUUCGAUGACUCUAAUAGACAGGUAUUUGCGGUGCGGUCAGGGGGCGCUGCCGGUGUGGUUGUCAAGGGACCAGAUGACAAGACUAGCCUUAGCUUCAGGAUGGAAGACAGGGGGAGUGUAAUAUCUAUUAAAUUUUCCUAUGAUAUGAAAGUCCUGGCAGUUCAGAGAUCACAAAAAUCUGUGGAGUUCGUCAACUUCACCAAUGGCAACAUUGAUACAAUGGAAUACUCACAGACCUGUAAGGGCAAGAGUACUAGAAUAAUAGGGUUUAACUGGACCAAUAUCAAUGAAGUUGUGUUCAUUACAGAUCAUGGCAUUGAGUUCUACCAGGUGGUUCCUGAAAAGCGAAGUUUAAAGUCCCUGAAGACAUUUAGUGUCAGCGCAAACUGGUUUGUAUGGCUGCCAGAAAGUGCAGUUCUACUGUUAUCAGCUGGUCCCUAUGGAAACAGUAUACAUCCAUUUCAUUUUCGGGCUGGUAUGGUCUAUAAGUUGCCUAAGUUUGAAAUAGACAUCCCUGUGAUUCCAAAACCUGCCAAACUGUGCCUCUUAGAGAGAGAUGUCUUCAUGGCCAACAUUUAUGGACAACUAUACAUAGUAGUAGUACGUCACCAGGCCAAGGCAGGGGCUCCAGGGGCAGAAGUGGUUCUUUAUUUAUUGCAGAAGGAGAGUCCAGCAAGGAAAACUGAUGUCCUUAGAUUGGAUAUGAGUGGAAGAUUUGCACUUCAUAUUGUGGAUAACUUGGUUGUUGUACAUCAUCAAGCUUCAAAGACAUCUAUGAUAUUUGACAUUAAAUUAGAUGGGGAGUCAGAUGGUUAUGUCACAUAUCAUCAUCCAGUUCUCUCUCCUCUUCCUAUGAAACCAAGCAUCAUUAGGCCAGUAGAUGCCCCUUUAGGAGCAGAACUGGUGGAGUGUGAACUCUAUUCUCAGAGUUGGAUUGUAUUUCAACCAAAUGUCGUCAUUGAUGCUAAAUUGGGUUGCCUGUGGUACGUGCAGUUGAAGCUAGAGCCUCUAGUUACAAUGAUUCCUGACAAGUGUAAACUAAUAGACCUAUUGCUCUUGAGACGUGACUGCAAGAUGGUGAUCCUGACAGUUUGCAAGCAAAUGUUGACGCCAGGAACACAGACCAACCUGUCAACAAUUGCAAGGAUAUUUGAUAAACUCAACAAAGUCUAUCGACAGUUUCUUGAUAUAGAGUCACAAAAUCAGCAAAUGGAGACAUUUUCUAGUCGAGAGCCAACUGCGACGCGUGUCCAGCACAAUCCAGCCGUGAUUGACCAAUCAGACAUGUACACACAUGUUUUUUCUGUAUUCGUGGAUAAUAAGGAUAUCAAGCACAAGUUUAUGGUUGCAGUUCUCAUAGAAUACAUCAGGUCACUUAACCAGUUCCAGAUUCCUGUUCAGCACUACCUUUAUGAGUUGGUCAUCAAUACUUUAGUGCAGCACAAUUGUUUCUAUCAACUUCACCAGUUCCUGCAGUAUCACGUCCUUAGUGACUCAAAGCCUAUAGCAUGUCUGCUGUUAUCCCUUGAAAGUGUCUAUCCUCCAGCUCAUCAACUAGCCCUAGAUAUGCUCAAGAGACUGUCUACAGCCAAUGAAGAAAUUAUAGAAGUUUUGUUGUCCAAGCAGCAGCUACUUACAGCUAUUAGGUUUGUUCGCAGUGUUGGAGCUGUGGAUCAGGUAUCAGCACGGAAGUUUCUAGAGGCAGCUCUAGUUGGCCAGGAUAAAACAGCCGUUUACGAAAUAAUCCAAGAUUUGCACCAGGAGAACACUGUGAUCAAUAUGUGA